GAUAGGAACUAAAAUUUUUCAAUAGGUCUUGUAUUUGGCAAAUUUGGGAACGUUGUUCACCUCUCCCAUGUUAAUUGCAUUUGAUCCGUUUUAAGGCGGAGCGUGAUACUUUGGCUUAUAUUUAAUUUCCAGUUUUGCAUAAAUGGUUUUCUUGAAGGUGGGAGAGUUGUACUAUGUGCAAAUAAAAGCAUUUUGAUAAUCUGAGCAGUAAAUCGUCUUGUACAGGACGAUCAAUUUUGGUUAAUUUUAAUUACUUCAGGUCAAGGAUUUUUUCUGCCCUCCUGCUUGCUACUUUUAUUUUACUCUUGACUAUAUUUAUAAGCUUCUAGAACCUUCUAGGAUUUGAUGUACAACUUCUAAGCUUUCAAAUAAUGUAUGGUGUUCGGUGAGAACUUCAAGUACUUCAGCGAAUUUCGCUCCGACAUAACAAAUUUCUAUCUACACGAAGUUUAUUACUUUCGGGGCUGCCACACGAAUGUACCGACCAGAUAUUUUUUGCGAUUAGUCGUUUUUUGCAGCUCAUACCUUAGUAUAACACAACAAAUCGUCACUUUUGGAAUUUCUUAUUUUUUAAAGUGAACACAGCUCAAUUUCUUGGAGCGCGUAACCACUUUUUCGAGGUAGUGGCAGACAAUGGUUGCGAGUUGCUUGGUGGUAUUUGACCUCAUUUUGGAACGGAUAGAGAUAUCGACUUCUGGUUUUCGGAUUCUACUAGAUAAAUGUGUGGACUUCAAUAUUCACCCAAUUUCGAAUUUGGGGCAAAUUGAUACCCUUGCAUAUAUGCAUUUUACCAAAGUUGCAUUACUUCCGGAACACCCUCUAUCAAUAUUCCUUCGUUCACAUCUAGCCAUGUUUUAUCAGGGUAUAUAUAACACUCCAUAUACCAUCUACCUAAAUAUUCCAAUCCUUCGGUUUUAAAAAGUCCGUUCAGGAUUUGGCGUCAAAUUGACGCUGUCAAUUACUUCAAGUAAUUUCUCAGUGAAUCUUGACGUAGAAGUUCUACGGUAGAACUGCGUCUCAAAAUACCCCUGCGGACAUGCGCGAACUUCUUUGCUUAAAAAAACGUUCAUCACAACACACAGAACUCAUCUUCAGUUGCUGCUUGCUAGUUCCCGCGACGAACCCAGCUGGCUUUUUUUAUUUGGAGUGAGCCAGAAAGGGUUCGUGGAAAGUCCAUAAGGAAAAACGCCACGAUAGAGGUACGAUUUCUGACCCCCUAUUGGUAGUAUUAACGCAGCGCGUGUGGCUGCUGCACGCCCAAGCAGUGUGUGCUUCGCCCCACGAUGGUGGUGCACCACCGCUCAUAUCCACAAAAAAUUACGUUGGAAGCACCUAGGUGGCGUCGGCACCGCCAUUUAGAGCAUCAAAUUUGGGGAGACGCGACUCCGAAAUUGGAGAGAAUAUGUCCAAAUAGGGGUGCGGACGCCACCUAUGUGCUGCAAACGUAAUUUUUUGAUGCCAGGAUAUGUGGAUAUGAGUGGUGGGUGUAUGGCACCCACCACUCACUUUGUAUGAGAGUUGCAGCCACCACGUUUGGCAGAAAAUGCACGAAAUCGUGUGUGCUUCCAAAAUCUCACUUUUUCAUCUGUUCAGUUAGAGUCCUCGUAGGAACUAGCUGCUUGCUGUCAGUACACAGUAUGUACUUUUGUAUAUUUUUGAGUUUGAAUUAAGAUUAUUAAAAUUAAUUACCAAUUUUGAAACUCACUUUGCCGCAUGGCUGCGGAUCAAGAUCGGCUAUCGUGAUUUACGGAGGAAAACUACUAAGGAAAGCAAUCGGGACAGGACGUCACGAUGCAGGGCGAAAUUGACCAACCGGCCAUACAAUUGGAGGAGUUUGACGUUGUUGUCGACAUCGAUAAAGUGGCGAUGAAUAAGGCUUUGCUCAAUCCUGUGAUCCUGCACAAAGUCUUCUGUUCCUUGGACACCCCCACUUUAAAGUCAGUUCGCCUCGUCUGCACCCUUUGGGCCGAGGUCGGCGCCACAAUUCUCGGCAAACAGGGUCGCCUCCCCUUUUCGACACCGCCAACCUGUGAAGAGUUGACCUCAUUCAAUCCCAAACUGGCCAGGAACAUUGAAUUACUAUUCCGCAAGAUUAUUAAAUGUCACUGCAUCGACGAUUGCUCAUGUCCUCCCAAUUUGACCAAUCUGCCCUCCAAUUUUGUCAUAAUUUUGCCCCAGAUUUCGGACAAGUUGGAAACACUCGAGCUCUUAGGGGUCAAGACGUUUGAACCCCUACAGGAAAUUUGGAGCACUUAUCAUUUCGCACGCCUCACCCACAUCUCGAUCAUCGCUAACGGAGUGUAUCUCGAUAAAAUGACACCACCAGCACAAGGUAUGGCUCAAUUUCGACCCCUUCCAAACCUGAAAGUGUUCUCCUUUGAAGUUUCACCCAGCUGUAGAGAGCCCUCGUCAAAGGAUUUUAUGUCAACCAUUUGCCACAAUCUGGUCAACUCGGCCCCCAACCUGGAAGAAAUUGACCUUAAGGCAAAUUUCUACUGGGAUUUAACGGCAUGCGGAAAACUCAAAACCUUCCAGGUGAAACAUUAUUCUUGGGGUGGUGUUCAAUCCGAAAUCUAUGAAAUGACGAAAAUGCUGGAAAGUUGUGGACAUUCUUUGGAAACUUUGACCCUGGAUUAUUUGGGUUCGUACAAUGGCCCAAUAGAGCUGGAUUUGCACUUCCCGAAUCUCACCCACCUCAGACUUCAUGCUACCCACGUGUAUAGCGUUGAGGCCUCGGUGAACAUCAUCAAUCUCCCAAAAUUGACGCAUUUCUCCUUGUUAAGCAAUGCUACGUUCAAGAGGGACAUUUCUAGCAUCCUUCAACACUACCAUUUGCGUCACAUUGGGAUAACGUCGCUCGAUAUGUCUUGCUUCCACUAUCCCAAAUUUGACAACGUAUAUGGACAUGGACAAGCUGCCAGAAGACUGGUCAAUCUGUUCCCGGCCGUGAAGGAAUUGAAAUUGAAGAUGCUGAUCCAAUACGUCAGUAGUUACGGCCAAUAUUUUUUGGCUUUGAUGGAAACGGUACAAUCUUUCGACGACUGGGAGUUGACAUGCGGGCAGAUCGAGUUUGAGAUUGCGUCUUUUUCGGUAUCUGGGGUACAUAACUAUUCUUAUCCCGAUCAGUGGUUUGGUUCGGAACUGGUCCUUAUCGUAUUGAAAGGAAUGGCGGGAUGGAGAGGUUUGAGGAACACUUCACUGCAAUUUACUGGUAAUGAGGGUCGUCAAGCAGGGUUUAGAUUGUUGGGCGAGAUGCGAGAUGUCCUCCUGUCGUGCAGGACGAUUCGAAGCCUGACUAUUGCUGGGUUUCUGAUGGAUGAACAGACCAAGGACAAUUUUCAGACGUUUAUUGGAGACCAUAAUUUACCGAUUAGUCUCACUGAUUAAAUAAUUCUUUCAUUUGUAUUGACCCAUUAUGCACUUCGAUUACUUGCAUUGUAAAAAUAGCGCAAUUUCUUCAUUAUUAUCUACUAUUGUUUUUGGUGAAAUGUGCGCUAAAUAUUAUUGCUGAAAUGUAUAGUUUAUCUCUUUUCCAUUAAAUACGUACAUGAUAUGAGUAUGAUAUGCAUAUUUCGAGACUAAAUAGAUUGUAUUUACCUAUCAUUUAUAAAAAAAUCUGAUAAAUAUUUACCAAAUUCAUUAUGUAUGUAUGUCUUCAUGACAUUGUCAUCGGGUUCAGCCCGUUGAGGAACAUCAUGCAUCAUUGGAUCUCAAAAUUUCUCAAAAUUUUAAGAAUAUUUAUUUAGCAUUUGUGGAAAACUCUACGGUAAAAAAAUGAUAUUUUUCUUCUAAAAAUUUUGGAAUUUUCCUUGUACUUAUGUUAAAAAGUUGUUUUCGCGUUUUUCGUAAAAAACCUACAAACCCAGUUGAAAUAUUUAUUUCGUCUUUUAUAGGAAAUCAUGGAAAUUUAAUUUGUUACAAUCUGUUGUAAUAAAAAUAGGUAGUGAGAUUAAAACAAACCGAAUCAGUAAAAUCUCGUAUGUCAACGAGCCAUCAAGAUUUUGAAAAUAAUGGUUCACGCUGAUUUAAAGUUUUAGGAGCAAAAUAAACCAAAUUUCGGAAGAAAUUUCAGAUAAAGUUAUUUCAAAUUUUCAGAU